GCUGCGGGGGGCGGAGGGACGGAGGGAAGAUGGCGGCAGAGGCCGGAUAUUGGCGCCGCCUCCCCCAAUCCGGGAGCCGGCGCAGAUGAGGCGGCUCGGCUGGGGCCAGCGGCGCUUGGGAACCCGAGCUGGGGAGACCUUGGCGGUGGGGCCUGGCUCUACUAUAUGCCGGCGCCUCGGCUAGAGUGAGCGGCGGCGGCGGCGGUGGCGACGGCGACGCCUCUUUCCUCCGGCUCGUUCCCUGUCGCUGUGAGUGCGAGCGGGUAGCGAAGGCGACGGGGCCGGGAUGGAGGACGUUAACUCCAACGUGAACGCGGACCAGGAGGUGCGGAAGCUGCAGGAGCUGGUGAAGAAGCUGGAGAAGCAGAACGAACAGCUGAGGAGCCGCUCGGGGGCGGUGCAGGGCGCAGGCCCCCUCGGACCCGGCAGUCCGAUUCGGGCCGGCGGGUCCACUCCCUCCUCCGGCACGGCGUCCCCGCGGGGCUUCCCCUUGGGCCUCAGCACCAAGUCGGGCAGCGGGGCCGGGUCGGGCCCGAGGCGGACGAGUAGCGAGGAGCUGCGGGACGCCACCUCUUUGCUGGCGGCGGGCGAGGGCGGCUUGCUGGACGAGGUGGAGCCGCUGCGGCCCGACGAGCUGGAGCGCCUGUCAGGCUGGGAGGAGGAGGAGGAGAGCUGGCUAUAUUCAUCACCAAAGAAAAAACUUACACCAAUGCAGAAAUCGGUUAGUCCAUUAGUUUGGUGCAGGCAAGUUUUGGAUUACCCAAGUCCUGAUGUUGAGUGUGCUAAAAAGUCUCUUAUCCACAAACUUGAUCAAACUAUGUCAGCUCUCAAGAGGCAGAAUUUGUAUAAUAAUCCUUUCAACUCUAUGAGUUACACAAGUCCUUACAGUCCAAAUGCAAGUAGCCCAUACAGCAGUGGCUUCAAUUCACCAUCCUCAACCCCAGUGCGACCUCCUAUAGUCAAACAACUUAUACUCCCUGGAAAUUCAGGUAACUUGAAAAGUUCAUCAGAUAGAAAUCCUCCACUCAGUCCUCAGUCCUCUAUAGAUAGUGAGUUAAGUGCUUCAGAAUUAGAUGAAGAUUCAAUUGGAUCCAAUUAUAAGCUAAAUGAUGUAACUGAUGUGCAAAUUCUAGCCCGGAUGCAGGAGGAAAGUCUCCGGCAAGAAUAUGCAGCCACCACGUCUCGGCGCAGUUCUGGUUCAUCUUGCAAUUCUACAAGACGGGGUACUUUUAGUGAUCAGGAACUUGAUGCACAAAGUUUAGAUGAUGAAGAUGACAAUAUGCAUCAUGCAGUAUACCCUGCUGUUAACAGGUUUUCACCAUCACCACGCAAUUCACCUCGACCAUCACCUAAGCAGUCACCCAGAAAUUCACCUCGUUCACGAUCUCCUGCUCGGGGAAUAGAAUAUAGUAGAGUGUCCCCACAGCCUAUGAUUAGUCGCUUACAGCAACCUCGCCUUUCACUUCAAGGCCAUCCCACGGAUUUACAGACAAGCAAUGUUAAAAAUGAAGAAAAACUAAGACGCAGUCUUCCAAACCUGUCCCGAACAUCUAAUACACAAGUUGACUCAGUGAAAAGCAGUAGAAGUGACUCAAAUUUUCAAGUGCCAAAUGGAGGAAUACCUCGCAUGCAACCUCAGGCUUCAGCCACUUCGCAAAGGCUGAAAAAUUUGCCUCGUACUUCCCUCAAAGCCAAACAGUUGCUUCAAACUUCAUCUUCAAAAAGAGUACCUUCUCCAGGCAAAUUCCGCUCCCCUGCAGCACCAUCACCUUUGGCUCUCCGGCAACCAAUGAAAGCAUUUAGUAACCAUGGCUCUGGUUCUCCUGGUAGCCAAGAAACAGCACAGGUCACACAAACAACCUCCUCACCUGGGCCUCCAAUGGUUCAAAACACAGUCCCAGCAAAUCCUCCCAGCAAUAUCAACAGUACUACUCUAACCAGACCUGCAGGGACAACUACAAUGAGAAGUGGCUUGCCCAGACCCAGUGCCCCUUCUGCUGGGGGUAUACCAGUGCCUCGCAGCAAACUUGCACAGCCUGUUCGCAGAUCCUUGCCGGCUCCUAAAACCUAUGGUGGCAUGAAAGAUGACAGUUGGAAAGAUGGCUGUUAUUAACCAGCAAACACAAGAAUGCAGAAGUCCACAGCUUCAUGGAUACCCCUUCACCAAGCUAAAAAACAACUUUUAUAUGCAGACUGUUCAGAUAAGACUCUCGGGAUUUAUAAAAUCCCAGCCCUCUCUGUCUUAAUUAGCACAAACAGACAGAGAUGAUCAAGCAGCACUUUAAUGACAUUUAACAUCAGAUCUGUUUGGUAAUCAUACAAUCACUCACCAUGGAAUCACUUUUAGUUUUUUUGUUUAAUAGAAACUGAGUUGAUUUUUUAAUAUUUGACAGAGGCCAAUAUCUGGGCAAAUACCUAAUGGAUGCCAAAGAGAAAUGCCCAUUUGUAAAUGAGAGAGUCCCUUUGUGCACAAGAAAAUGAUGAAUUCAAGCUAUCCAGAACUUCACAUUCAACCUGAUUUACUGUAUAAUUGGUAUCAAUAAAUAUUUGUGUUAAUGAGAA